CUCGUCUUCUUUAUUACAUUCUCACAUUCCCAGUCACAUCCUUCUUUGACUUCAUCCCGUCUCUGACAUCAUUUUACCUCGGAUCGUUUGUUUUCUCAUUGCAUCCCACCCUUUCCUCAAUUUCGUCUAUUUCGUUUCUCAAUCACGUUCUUUCGUCAUGGCUCCCAAGAAAGCCAAUGCGAAGGCCAACGGGACGGCCUCCAAGUCCAAAACACCGGCAGCAAACACGUCUGCAAAGCGCAAGAUCACCGCAGCGGCCCCUCCUAAGGAACCGACCGCCGCCCGCUCUAUGAGAACCACGGGAACUGGAAGCACGACCACUUCCACGUCGACAGGAUCGAAGCGCGUGGCCAAACCGGCUGCAAAGCCGGCUGCAAAGCCAACAAAGCCAAAGGCAGCAUCAAAGGCAGCGACCGAGACUGCGAAGAAAGCUGCGCCGACAAGCGGCGACAAGCUCGUCAACGGCGACCAUCCUAAACCUAAGAAUGGCGCUAAGGCCGACGCGCCAAUGACCAACGGCACCACGAAGAAAGGCAAGAGGAAGGCCGACGGCGAUACAGAGGCUCCGCCAGCCAAGAAGGUGAAGGAAACCAAGGCUCCAGCGGAGAAGGCCGCCGCAAAGCCGAUCAAGAAGGCCAAGGCCCCUGCAACCCUUCCCGUCAUCAACCAAGCUCCAACCGACCGACUCAACGUCUUCGUCUUUGGCGAAGGCAGUGCUGGAGAACUGGGUCUCGGCACUGCGAAGAACGCGAUCGAUGUCAAGCGCCCGCGGUUGAAUCCACUCCUCCCGGCCGACCAGAUCGGCAUUGUCUUGGUCGCAUCCGGAGGAAUGCACAAUGUGGCGCUCACCCAUGACAACCGCAUCCUCACCUGGGGUGUCAACGAUCAAGGCGCGUUGGGCCGCGACACUGCCUGGGAAGGUGGACUUCGUGAUAUUGACGCCGAAGAUUCCGACUCGGAUGAUGAAGAUUCCGGGUUGAACCCUCGUGAAUCUACCCCGACGGCUGUCUCUGCUAAGCACUUCCCCGAAGGCACCAAUUUUGUUCAAGUUGCAGCGGGUGACAGCGUCAGCUUCGCACUCACCGAUAACGGGCAAGUUUAUGGUUGGGGAACGUUCCGAAGCAAUGAAGGCGUUAUGGGUUUCGGAUUCUCCGAACCUGGGCACAAACUUGUUAUGGUCCAGGAGACCCCUGUUCUUAUUCCCAACCUCAAGAACAUCGUCCAGAUCGCUUGCGGCGCUAACCAUGCCCUCGCACUCGACAACAAAGGUAAGGUGUCCGCUUGGGGCUGCGGCCAAACCGACCAACUCGGAUAUCGCACGGUUGAACGUCGUCGACUGGAAAGCCUUGUUCCCCGCGAAGUUGGCAUGUAUCGUCGCAAGAUUCGCUACGUCACCGCCGGCUCAUACCAUUCGUUCGCCAUCGACCAGAACGAUGAUGUCUGGGGCUGGGGCCUCAACUCGUUCGGUGAGGCUGGAGAUCCGGAGACCGCUGGUGGCGACAGCGCGAUGCUUCCCCGUCCAAAGAAGAUCGAAGGAUUGAGUGGAAAAGGCGUGACGCACUUGUCCGGUGGGAACCACCACUCGGCAGCGGUCGCGGCGAACGGAGAUUGUUUGAUCUGGGGCCGAAUGGACGGCGGCCAGAUUGGCAUUGACUUCCAAGCCGCCACCUUAGAGGACGAGGAGAUGAUCCGCAAGAAUGAGUCGGGCAAGCCCAAGAUCCUGCUGCAGCCUAUGGCCCUUCCCAAUCUCCGAGCGAAACAGGUUUGCUGCGGUCCCGACCACACCCUUGUUGUCACGACCGAGGGCAAAGCCUACUCCACUGGCUUCAAUGCCAACUACCAAUUGGGUAUCGGGAACGAUGACGAUGUCACCACCAUGACCCUCAUUGAUAACACUGCUGUUAGGGAGAGGUCCCUUAACUGGGCCGGGGCAGGUGGCCAGUUUUCAGUGCUUACUGCCGUGGCGGAUGAACCGCAGGUCAACGGCCACUAAUUCCUUGGACCAUCUUCCCAUGUUUGGCUGAGAGCUGGAUUUCAUUUUGUUCAUGCAUUGGAAAGGCCGCGUUUGCUCUUCUGCCCGGCGUUCGAGCGACUAUAUGGGCUUUUAGUGGCAUAGUCGAGUAGAUGGAUGCGGGGUUGAUUUCUCCGGGUUAUCAUCCACAGUGCAAACGCUUCUCUGGAGGACUUUUAAUAAGGUUAGUGUGAAUCACGCCUGCUAAGCGUGAGAGCGUGAGAUAGGUGGAUCUGCAGAUAUGUGGUUGAGAUUACUCGAAUGAUAUUGAAAGGAGUAAUGGUUGAGCAAAAGCAACUUCACUUUGGAAUUUGAUCGCGGUGCCAAGUCCUUCUUAAUCGUGAUGUGCUGAAACUGUC